AUGGCUUAUUUACCGUAUGCCGUCAUUUUAUUUUUUGUAUGUCCCUCCUGCGCAGGUUAUUGCAAAAAAGAAGGAAGGGUCUGGGGGAAAACUAGAAAGCAACAUCAAUACACUUUGUUUCAGGACAGGACCAGUCUUCACAACAUCCCCACUUGCAAGAAUCCUGUCACAGUAGCUGCUAUGGUGUUCCAAAUUGUGGGCCUUUCCAUGUCCAUGGCGGGAUUGGCAGGCACCAUCUUGAUCUGCGCACUGCCUAUGUGGAGAGUGACGGCUUUCAUUGGAACCAACAUCGUGGUGGCCCAGGUCUUCUGGGAAGGGCUUUGGAUGAACUGCGUGUACGAGAGCACGGGGAAAAUGCAGUGCAAGAUCUACGACUCCCUGCUGGAUCUGUCCCCUGAUCUCCAGGCUGCUCGAGGCUUGCUGGUCAUCACCAUAGUGUUGGCUUGUCUUGGUUUCCUGAUCUUCCUAAUGGGAGCUCAGUGCACCAACUGCCUGGAAAACAAAAGGGUUAAAGCCAGAAUCGUGAUCAUUUCUGGGAUCACCUUCAUCCUGUCUGGCGUCCUGACCUUGGUCCCCGUCUGCUGGACAGCCAACACUAUCAUCCAUGACUUCUACAAUCCUCUGGUCCCAGAAGCUCUAAAGAGAGAGCUGGGGGCUGCACUCUAUGUGGGCUGGGCAACUGGCGGCUUCCUCUUAUUCGGUGGGGCGUUCCUCUGUUGCACCUGCCCUCCCAGAGAGAAAAACUACCCCAUGAGGUACACCCCUGCCAAAUCGACCACCCACAGCAGCUAUGCCAUAAAGAACUAUGUGUGAAAUCACAUGCAUGUUGAUUGUAAGGAGGUGCUGGGAUUUCCCUUAUCAGAGUGGAGGUUUAGUCUUCAGUUGGUGUAAUGACUAAUACCGGUCCUGUUUUAGGGUAACAAUAUCUUCUACAUCAGUGAGGGUUAAAGGUCAGCUUCACCAAAAAGAGAAGCACUUUGCAUUUUGAUCCAAGGAACUCAAUAGAAGCUUUCAUAGACUCUAAUUAGCACUAAUCUUGGACUUACUUGCCUAAGGUAACAUUGGUUCAAUUGUAUUGCUAAUUGGGUUCUGUGAAACUACCCAUUAAUUUGAUGUCUUCACAAUUACAAUUUCAUCUAUUUCCUAAAUACUUUUCCCGCAUCUGAUCUGCUUUAUACAGUAUUUUAUUAAAUCACCCAUAACUAGAAAGCACUCAAUAGUGGCACAUUUAGAAAUACUAAAAUCAAGUUUCUAAAAGUAUUCUAAAAGUGUCCCUGGAGGAUUUCAAAUCUGCUUUGAAAAACUGAAUUGCCAAAACUGGAGCAGUUGGACAGGUUGUUGUCACACAUCUUAAGUGAAACAUUUUCUUACAUAUUAAUAACAAUGGCGCAUUCUCACAAGUACUUGUAGUUUUUGCAUUUUAAUAUUUUUAUUUUCCAGACUUUUUCUCUCAGGUGAAGCCUACUUUUCCUGCUACAGUGCUACAAGUUUAAUGGAAAUCCUUCCCUUCACUCUGUGUUACAGGUAAUAUGACAGUUUGUGCAGCGUGUAAAACAGCCCUGUCAGAAACAGAAUAUAUGGGAAUAUAUUACAAAGUAUAGUUUAUUUACUAUGAUGAAUCCAAAAGGACAGCUUUGUGUACAGUACAUAUAAACAUACAUCUGUUAACGUCACUGAAAGAUUCUUUAUCAAGUCAAUGACAUACAUUUUGACUAAAAGUCUUUCUCAGUGUUUUUGAAUUCACUGAAUUUGUUUCUUUUAGUAUUUUUAAAUGAACCACUAUUCAGUGUUUUAUAGUUAUUAUAUUGGAUGUUAUUAUAUUAUAUUAGUAUUAUUCAAACUCAGAAGGAAUAUAUAUAUAUAUAUAUAUAUAUAUAUAUAUAUAUAUAUAUAUAUAUUAUUGCGCUGUAGCAGGAGAAAUGGGCUGAGAACAUAAUAAACAACAUUGUUUUAAUGCUAAAGAGAUACAAGAAGAUGUCUGUUGAUUCCUGGUACCUAAUGGGUCAUCAAAAUACAGUCCACUCUUACUGUGUUUUGUAGAAAAAUAUUUUUAGGGAUCAUAACACUUUAGUUAUAUGUGAUUAUAAACAUGUUAUUAAUUUUGCUAUUAACAAUUAUAGAAUACAAUUAGAAAUAAUAAGACUAUUAUUAUACACUUUUGCCAUUGUUUUUUUUUUUUUUUUAUAAUCAGUUAUAACGGAUAUAGCAUUUCAGGUCUGUUUGUGUUUCUAUGUCUGUCUGUCUGUCUGUCUUUCUACGCCUGUCUCACCCAUUGUAUGUGGUGGCUUUGCUUUUGCAAUAGUUAUACACUUUUGCAAUUUCUACGUUAAGAGUUUAUGUGAUGCACGUGUAUGGCGUUCCUUUGGACUUAUACAUAUAACACUUGGAAUGGGAUAAACAGAGAUGGGAAAAAUAUACCUUAUACCUUUUUAUUGUGUUUGAAAUUAUUGCGUUCUAAAUGCAAAUGU